AUGAAACGACUAUCGACUAUAACGACUGAUUUGAUUGUUCUGUUCUUUUUUGUUUGAAGCAACUGUUGCAGCCUCUGAGAAGCUUGGGAUCGGUCACGUCCGUCAUUCAAUGACGACUUUCAUCGUCGUCGUUUUGGUCCCUCUUUCAGCUGGCUCAAGUUCGUUGUGUCGUCUGUUUGUUUUGUGAUAAAAACUGCGAAGACCUUGAGGGAUUAUCGCACCAUUUCCGUUGUGCAAAAGAGCAUAAAAAGAAAUUUCAACAUAAUAAGAAAAAGAAGUUGUGUUUCUCUUAUAAUUGAAGGAUUCAGGCCGUAGAAGGACAAGUUUUCGACGUCUCGGAGUGUGGAAAGACCAAAGGAUGCUGGAUUCCCGACGACUCGCUUUGCUAUGGCGGCUGCAGCGGAAUGGGUGUCUCCUACAGGUAUUGCCGUUCCUGAAGACCUCUUCAAGCCUCUCAGAAUCCUCAAUGAUUCUUUCAUCGGUUUGGAACUCUUUUUUGAGUCGAGUUCGUCGUCGGGAGUUUAUGUGGCAGUCGGAUUCUCCGAUGAUUACUUUAUGGUGUGAACGGUUCGAAGAAAACGGAUCAAAAAGAAGUUGAGGGCAGCGAAAGUGUAAUAGAGUGCUCUUCGAUAGCAAAUGAGCCAGUGAGUAUGAAGUUCUCCUACAAUGGACGCUAUGACGAUCCGGAGGACAACACCAACUCUCGGAUUGACUCUGUACUACUUAUUAUACCUAAAAAGAUCAAUAUGCUUUUUAGAAUUUGUACAAAAAUAGCAACCUGGGGAGUUACUUCACCGAAUCGGUCGCUAAAUACGAGAAUGGAACCAUCUACUGCAAGUCCACCGUGAAAGUCAGCGGCCUGCAAGGAAACGACCAAGUCUUCAAAUACGAUCCCGCGACGUCAUACUUCCUACUUCUUGUCAAUGGAAAGACGAGCUCAGGAGGUUGGGAUUCGAUGAAAAUUUUUUUUGAAGUUUUGUCAAGGUUUGACCCAUCACGAUCACGAUUCGACGUCUCCAGCCACGUACCUUCACGACGUUGGUUCUAGAAAUUCUUUCUCGUGACUUGUGUUUUUGUAGUUGAAUAUUGGGCUCAACAAACUGCACUGCGGUCACGAAAAAGGUUGUGCGAUGCCAGACGCGUGCAACGGCUUGGGUGUUUCCUACAAGUACUGAAAAGAGAGCAAAUCGUCCAUGACUUGUUUUCCAGAGUUGUUGAUGACGCCACAAUUGAAUUCGAAAUAUUUGGCCCGGUCGAUUCGCAAACUAAUGUCUAUGCAGCCGUUGGUUUUUCCAAUGAUGCCAUGAUGGUAUCAAAAAAGAAAACAAUGGGAAAAUGUGUAAUCUGCACGUUUUAGGGGAACGAGAGCGUUUUAGAGUGCUCAAUGCUGAGUAACCAGCCGCUUUCUAUGAAACUCAGUUACAAUAAUCCUCGCGUGGGAAACCAAGGUCCCACAAACGUGAGGAUAGACAAUGAGCAGGUGAGAAAUUAGCUGAAAUACAGAAAAAAGAUACUUUUGAUAGACGUUUCGUGCGAGUUACAUAACCAAUCACCGCGCUUUCAUCCAAGAUAAUAACCUCUACUGUUCAGCAACUGUAAAAGUAUCCGGAAACGCAGAUCCGCGGGUGAGUGACAAGGAAUAUUCAGCGCUAAUUGCAAUUGAAGGUGUUCAAAUACAAUCCGUUGCAACCUUACUAUCUCCUACUGGCGUCUGGAAAAACAAACGGUGAGUGAAGAAAAAUUGAUAAGAGUGAAUGUGAGAAACUGAAGACGCGGGACUUCUGGUCCACGCACAGAAAUGUGUCGACAGCACAGCUCCUGUAUAUCUCAACCAGCCGCAGGUGCAAGCGAUUCGUCGAAAAUCAUCAUUUCAUACCUUUCAGCCAUUUUUCGAUAGAUCGGAAUGUGAGAAGUCGAAAGCGUGUUACAUUCCAGACGACUGUCCCGAAGGCUGUGAUGCGAUGAUAGCUUCUUACAAGUGCCAGAAGCCCUUCUUUCAAAACUUCAUUCCUUUAUUUGAGAUUCGUCGGCGAAAACCAGAUGCUCGUUGAGCUUACAGCUCGACAAACUCGUCAGAAUCGUUAUGUUGCUCUAGGAUUCUCCACCAACGGGAGAAUGGUACAAGCAUUUUGGAAUUGGGCCCUGAGCGCCCCAGGGGCUGUGUAAUAGCCAUGUCAAAAUGAACAUUGGGUUUUUGGAGAAAUAGUUUUUUUCUUAUGUUUCUUAUGAUAUUGUAAGUUACAGAAACUGUUUUAGGAACCGAAAAUCCAAAACGAAUCCGUUUUUCAGCCUUUUCGGCACACUUACGACGGGCUAUUUCUGAGUACCCUAUGGCGCUUAGCAGAUAGUUUCUUUUAUUUUUAAGUGUUCAUAUCUAAUACUCCCUACCACAAAAGUUUGGACCAGAUCUAUGAUUUUCAUCCCAAACGCUUUCCUUGUUAGAAUUUGAGCACAGUUUCUUUUUCGUUUUGCUUUUGCAAGAAAAAAGUUGAGAACGCAAAAAAAGCCCUCGUUUUUACAAUGGAUUACUGUGUUCCAGGGAAACGCUUCUGUCAUUGAAUGCUCCUCGAUGAACGGAUCGCUGUACAGCAUGAAGUUCUCCUACAACAUGGUGACGGACACUAGCAAGACCAAUCUCCGAGUGACCUCCGACGUCAGUUCCUUUAUCAGCAAUCAGAAGGUGCAAAUUGUCGACGGAAAUCUCUACUGUUCUGCCGUCUUCAACGUCGCCGGCCAUCCAACCGACCCCACAGUGAGUUUAGUCCUAACAAUUCAAGUCAAUUUAAAAAAAAAGCCUUCUAAGAGCAAAAGAACAAAAUAAUUUUCAAGUUUAUCUUGUGAACGAAUUUCAUUUGGUCAAUUUUUUGAAUGAUUAUGUUUUGCAGGUAUUCAAAUAUGACGCCAAUCAGAUAUACUAUCUCAUCAUUGCCGAAGGACCAACUGCUGAAAACAGUCAGUUGAUCUUGUGAAGAAAUCUAGCAAUGACUUGGUGCAGCUCUGAAUUACCACGAUAUGAAGGCGAUCUCUUCAGGACGUCGUCUGGCUGACGUCAAUCCGACGCCGCCCCCACCUCCCGCAGACAAUGUGAGUCAUUUCGAACAGGCCGCUCAUUUUAUUCCAUCUUAGGGAAGCUUUGAUGGAACGGACUGUGGCACUAAGAAAGCCUGCUUCUUGCCGGACGGUCUUGCCAAAUUCGGCGUCGCUUACAGGUUGGAGAGUUCAGGUUUCAAGAAAUCUUGUUCGACUAGUUGAAAAAUUUUCGCAAUGAAGAUUAUUUUUACAAAAACAGAAUCUAAAUUCAAAAAGAAGAAACUUUUUGGUCUGUUUUUUAAUCAAUCAUUCUACUUUCGCAUCACAAAGAAACAAAUACUUCGAGUAAAAAUAUUAGGAAACGAACUUUUUCUUCAGUUUUUCAGACUUUUCAGAGCAAACGAUGGUUUGCUUAAAAUCCUUGUAAAAAGCAACCAUGAAACUCUAAUCAGAGUUAUCGAAAACAGAACCAUCUUCAAAAUAGGGUUUGAAUCAGAAUUUAAAAAUUAAAAUGAUUCAAAUCUGAUUUCUCACAGUAAAAAAUGAUCAUAAUUGAACUCGAUCCAGCGAAACUUUUUUUGAAAGCUUUUUUGGCGUUCAAUAUCCGAGGAUUGAGGGAAAUUAAUUUCGAAUUGGAACGAUUUUAAACGAGGACUUUGUUCAGGUUAACGUCUCCCACGACCAUGGAUCUGGAGAUGAUGUUGGUUUCUCCAACAGCCCAAGAUGUUUACAUCGGCCUGGGCUUUUCGAACAACGGAAAAAUGGUUUCUAGUCUCAUUUUCUUCUCAUCAGAACUAAUCUCAGCCAAACAGUGACGUCAUCGAAUGCUCAGCGUUAUCCGGCCAAGAACUAUCUAUGAAGUUUUCCUACAACGACAACUCUCCCAAAAACGUUCGGAUUCCAGAUGAACCGGUAUUGAAAAGAAAUAACUUUUCUUAUUGUUUUGUCCUUUUCAGACUAUUCGGGCACAGAAUAUUCAAAAUUUCCAAUCUUCUUAUCACGAUGGCCAAGUAUACUGUCGCGCAACCGUGAAUAUAAAUGGGUACGGAGGCAACGGAGAAGUUGGUUCAUGAAAAAGAUCGAGUGUGGGAAAAGGUUCUUUGAGAUAUUCAAAUACGACUCUGGCACAACUUAUCAGCUGCUACUCGCGACAGGACCGACAAGCGGAGUCGGUAACGAAAGAAAUGAAUUUAUUGAAGGGAUCGACUUUCAAUAAGGUCUUCUUCAACAUACGACAACCAAAGUCUCUUCUUCUCGGAAACUCGAUGACGUCACUGCCGGAAGUGGAGCCGCUUCCGCCAGCAAACUCAUUAUUGCUCAUGGUAGGAGAAUUUAUCGAUUUAUUCAAUGGGAUUUUAGUUUCGGUGGUUACUCCUUCAUAUUCAUUUUUCCAUUAUUACCCUUGCUUCUCUUUUUUCAAAGAUCUACGUGUAGAAAAUUACUCUGUUUCAUAAUUUUUGAGUUUGCAAAAUAAUGAUAAAGCUAAGAACUUCAAAUUGAUAAGUUCGUUCCAAAUCUAUUUGUCUGGAAAAAAAUUGAAUUUUGAGAAUCUUCAAGUAAAGAUUUUGAGCUAUUCUGAUGGUUCUGGCGUGGUUCCUCUUCGUUCCGACCGCCGUCCUGUUUGCGCGUGUCCUUCGCUCCUGUUGGCCCACGAAAAAGCCUAUGGGUCUGCUUAUAUGGUUCCAUGUUAGUUUGGAGUUGCUACUUACCGUAAAGUCCUCCUUCUAGGUACACAGAACCUCCAAUUUGCUGGCUAUUGCUAUGAUGAUCGCUGCUUUCGUGUUGGUACUUUGCGACAAGGACUGGAAAUGGGCGAAACCUGGUAUGUGAGAAACGAGGAAAUUCGGGCGAAAAGUGAACUCCAGCUAGUAGCUGGGGAGGAAAACACGCGAUUAUUGGCUUGACCGCUUUGAUCCUGGCCUGGCUGCAACCAUUUAUCAGUACAUUACGGUAUCUUGAUAAAAUUAACAUCCAAAAAUGGAACGAUUUCAGGUGCACUCCAGACAAUCCGCGAAGACCUCUGUUCAAUUACAUUCAUCGUGCGAUCGGUCUUGUCGCCAUCACUUUAGCAAGUAAUCAACUCUUAUAAAGUUUUAAAACUCACUAAACUGUUUUGCUGUUUUCGAAAACUGAGCCUUUAGCCACCGCAAUCGCGAUCGCAUCGAUGCACUUCACGGAGAAAAACCACGGCGUCCAGUUGACGCUGGCCCUGGUGCCGAUCGUCGUCGUCUUGGCUGUCUCCGUCGUGUUCAUCAUCUACGACAAGUUCGCUGAAGUCAAUCCAAGGAACAUAGAGAAAGUUUGACCGUCCCACAAUUCUGAAUUGUAGCUCGAAUUUCAGAUUCGAGUUUUUCGCCAAGGAGUCGUCUACGCUGCUCUGCUUCUUCUUCUUGGCGUUUCCAUAGCCUUGUGCGUUUUGUUAGGCACUGGUCUCUGAAUCUUUCCAUACUUUGUCAUGUAACUUUGCCUAUUUUGUGCAUGAAUCAAACGGGAUAAACUUUUUUGUUUAAAGAUGCAAAAGAUCAACAGAAAUGAGUUUAAAAAACUUUUACUUUCUAAUUAUUUUGCACUUGUUGGAAGCUUGAAAGAUCAAAAAAAGCUUGAUAAAAUAAAUCACAGUAAGACUAUUUUCAAAAGGAAAACAUUUUUCGGACUAUUGACUAUCUGUCGAUAUGUCUAUAUGUCGAUCUACAAGCCAUCUACAAAAUGGCAACUUUAUCUUCAACUUCAUUUUACUGCCCAUAUGCUUUCAGAGGACAUUUUCUGUCCUCCAUACGGCUACCCAUUCUGAAAAAUGACUAGUGGCUGGGAAUAGCAGUGGAAACGAGUUUGAGGCCUCUGUGUCACUUUAGCGUAUUACCAAUUCAAUGGUAGCUGACUCAAUGUCCUAACAAGUGAAUGAUAUCUGCAGAGAGAUGUUUCUGGUCUUCCGAGAUCUAUCCUUCGGUCAUCAGCCUUUCCUGGCUACUACGUCUUCUUGGAAAGCCAAAGGUCCAGCACGUCUGCCCCAAAUGUGCUUUUAA